AUGUUAAAUGAAAUCAAAGUGAUGGAAAUGCCAGCUUUUAAAGGUUCAUACUUCUUCCUUAUAAACCUCGCACCACCAUUCUUCUUACCCAACAACGAUCGUUGUUGUCAAAAAGGUGCUGUCUGUUGUCGCUUGGACCCUAUUUCAAUCAAAGGAUUAUAUUUUUGUAGUCUUUAUCAUAUUUAUUUACAAAAAGUGGAACAUCAACUGACUCGUUUAGUUCAACAACAUUAUUACAACCACCACCACCACCACCACCGUAUCUCUGCAUCAGCUAGUGGAACAACGUCGACUCUCUUCAUCAUCUCCAAUAUAUAUCCUCAUCUUCAUCAUCCCCAUUCUCCUCCUCACAUAUGCGCAUCAAUUUAUACAAGUCAUAAUACACGAAUCGUUAAAUUUACACAAAGAAACUCCUCUUAUAUAAUUGAGUCAUAUAAUCACUCAUCUCUUUUAAUAUUACUAAUUUAUCUAUAA